GAUCAGAACACCAGAUGGACAACGCUAGACCUUCCUCCCUCCCGGAGUCCCCGUGUCGUGCCUCUCCCGGUAGCACCUUACUGCUGGGUAUGAAGAGGUUGUCUGUGCUGCUGGUGGACUGCAGGAAAACAACGGGGCUGAGUGGAACAGUGAGAGGAGGAGCAGAGAAGAAAGGAUCAGAUUUGGCACAUCAAAGAGGAAAACCAAACUUGGAGGAACCAGAGAUGUCCGAACCAGCAAGACGACACCUCUGCUGCCAUUGUGGAAAGAGUUUUACCAAGUUAGGAAGCCUGAACAGACAUGAGAGGGGACACACAGAACCGAAGACACAAAAUUGCGCCCAGUGUGGAAAGAGUUUUAGCUACUUAGGAAAUCUGAAAGCUCAUGAGCGAACACACACACGGGAGAGACCUUUCCGUUGCUCCCAGUGUGGAAAGAAUUUUAAGUGGUUAGACACUCUCAAAACCCAUGAGCAAAUACAGACUAGGGAGAAGCCGUACCAUUGUGCCCAGUGUGGAAAGAGUUUUAGCCAGUCAGGAACCCUGAAGGAACACAUGAGACUGCACACAAGGGAGAAGCCUUACUACUGCUCACAUUGUGGGAAGAGUUUUAACCAUUUAGUUAGUAUGAAAAGACAUGAGAGGAUACACACAGGAGCGAAGCCACACCUGUGCUCCCUUUGUGGAAAGAGUUUUAAGCGGUUAGACACUCUCAAAACCCAUGAGCAAAUACACAUUAGGCAGAAGCUGUACCAUUGUGCCCAGUGUGGAAAGAGUUUUAGCAAGUCAGGAAGCCUGAAAGUUCAUGAGCGAAUACAUACAGGGGAGAAGUUAUACCAUUGCGCCCAGUGUGGAAAGAGUUUUAGCCAGUCAGGAAGCCUGAAGGAACACAUGAGACUGCACACAAGGAAGAAGACUUACUACUGCUCACAUUGUGGGAAGAGUUUUAACCAUUUAGUUAGCAUGAAAAGACAUGAGAGGAUACACACAGGAGCGAAGCCACACCCGUGCUCCCAGUGUGGAAAGAGUUUUAAGCGGUUAGACACCCUCAAAGCUCAUGAGCGAAUACACACAGGGAGACACCACACCAUUGUGCCCAGUGUGGAAAGAGUUUUAAGCGGUUAGACACUCUCAAAACCCAUGAGCAAAUACACAUUAGGCAGAAGCUGUACCAUUGUGCCCAGUGUGGAAAGAGUUUUAAGCGGUUAGACACUCUCAAAGCUCAUGAGCGAAUACA